UUACAUUCUGAUACCCGAUGGGAUGUUUGUAGUCGCUAAUGGACUAUAAUAAUGCGACGGUUUUUUUUUUGAAGUGAGUGAGAAAUAGUUUAGUUAUACGUCGGCGCGUUUUAAGUGGAUGAUGGGUGUAUACGUGACAAGGAUCCAUACUUAAAUAGUGAGAUAAAAAGAUGCAACCAGACAUCUCUUUCGAUUUCUUGGCUACACAGACCUGCACCAACUGCCAUCUGCCCGUCACUUGUGGCCCAGUUUACGUCAUCAAUGACUCAAGCAUAUUGUGCGGCAGAUGUCGUAUGACAGCCAAAGAUCAUUACAGAAACUAUGCCUACGAAGCCCUAGCCUCCUGUUUCUCAUAUCCGUGCAAAAACUGGGAAAGCCACUGUCCGGUCCAACUCAAAUGGAACGAAAGUCUGGACCACGAGCCGGACUGCGACUAUUCGGGCUGUUGCACCUUCUGCUGCCACCAUCCGGGGGCGUUCUUCAAAGGCAAAAGACAUUAUCCAGAAGACGAAAUCCGGAUAGCCCACGUACCGGAAAACCUCCUGGAGUACCUUGAGUGCGUCAUAUGCGGCUCGUAUCUGAACAGCACCCCAGUUUUCAUACAAUCAAACGGCCAAAACGUUUGCCAUAGAUGCGUGCACGCCAACGGUAACCCUCCCAACUGCAGAAGAAACUUAUCGUACGAGAGCUUCGGACAAAUAUUCCUGUUUCCUUGUGCUUACAGAUCAAGAGGUUGUCAGGAACGUCACCAGUACGGCUCGGCGAUCUGGAAACACGAGGCCAGAUGCCAGUACCGACCGAGCCUCACCAAAAGUGUCUCCUUACAAGAGGAACGCUUUACGCACCACCUGCUACCCCACAUGCGCCCCAUAUCAGAACAACCGAGGCUCCAACCGACAUUCGAAGACGACGAACCGCGACCGAGUGCCACCAGACCGAUCAAAGAGAAAGGACUGAUAAAAACGCAUUCCGGUCACAUCUGGGCCACCAUAACACCUCAGAAGGCUUUAUUCGCACCUCCGGAUGAGCACGACGAGCAACGGGACAUCAACAAGCAACUGAUCCAGUCCAUGGUGAAGAAACAGGGCAGACAGAUCCGGAGGGUGGACGAUAUCGGGGGCGAGAUGGGCAGAAGGAAUUCGGAAGCCGAAUCGAUUUCCACUAAUGAGUCUUUCAGCAUUAAAACCAGCGGAAAUAGUACGCCGGAUCCGCACCAUAUGUUGCCCAGGAGACCGUAUAUUCCCCCGGAGGAUUAUUUGGACAGUCGGCCGGGUUCUAGGGAGUCCGGAUACCAAACUGCGAUGCGAUAUCCCGAGUCGCCUGGAACCGAACCGGUUAGGGAGCAAUUUCCGGUGUUGUUUCCUCAUCAGUUGAACGACGGGUUGGAUUUGGGAAGGAGGACCUCCAAUAGAAUGGGGGAGCAGCCGAGGGUGUCCAAAAGGGAUAGUGGUGCCGGAAAGUCUUUACUGAUCAACGAGCUGAAGUUGCGUCAAGAUAUGAUCAAGAGAACCCAUUCUAUUAAAGGGGCUGAGGGUGGAAAGAGUACUUGGAUGUAACAAUUUUUUGAGGAUAUUAUGUUACUAUAAUGAGAUUCUUAUCUUAUCUGUAAGUAGUUAAUGAAAUAAUUUGUUGUGUUUUAAUAAAAAUGUUGUUGUUU